AGAAUACAUACCGAUAAAUGAAUCCAAUUUCGAACCUACAGUUAUCUCAAUACAAGAGUAUAACCCAGUGCUUACUGUCAAAUGGCAUAAUGAAUUUGAGCUUGGUACUCACUGUUGAUCCAUUAUUCUUAAAUAUUGCAAGAGUAAUGAAAACUCAUAACAAACUUGACAAGCUUCCAAAAUUGGUGAGCAGGAUUUCUGAAGAUAAAAUCUUGCCAGAGGACUUCUUACAAGUCCUGGGCUAUUGCUCUUGCAGUACUGAUGCUCUUUCAUCAAUGGACCAGUCUAGUAAAGCCUCUAAGGAGGAGAAGACCUUAAUUGAGGAACUUCAGAAAAACUGAAAGAAUGACGACAUUAGUGUUGCGAAUCAAAAUGAACUCGCCCAGAUAAGAAAUAAUGCAAAAAUCCGGAAAAGGAAGGAUGAAAAAUUGCCUGAAACACAUCCAACAGAGAUAAAAAUAGUCAUAAACCCCAAAACAGGGAGGAAAAAUAAGACAAUCUAUUGCAAAAUUCCAGGAUGAAAUCGUAGCUUUGAGAAAUAAAUGGAACUAUAAAGAGCACAUAAACAUGCAUAGAGGCGAGAAGCCUUAUAAGUGAACUAAGUGCUCUAAGUCCUACACUCAAAAAGGGAACCUGACCAAGCACAUGAGGCAGCAUCAGUACAAAGACCUUAAGUCUAGGAAAGUCCAUCAGUGCCCUCUAUGUCCAAAGAAAUUCACUGAGAAGUAUAACCUCAAGUUCCACUUGAAGACUUGACAAAGAAAAUCAAGGACUCAAUAAACCGAACAUAAGAAAUCUGUGACCAGAAUUAAUAAUUUAGGCUUAAAGUUGCGUAU